CGUCACUGUCCCGGAGACAAAGCGAGACCAUGGAUCCCCAGGGUGACGGAAUCUUGGAAGGUGUCGGUUGCUGCUGCUGCUGCUGCUGCUGCUGCUGACAUGUGGGUGUUGCUGGCGAUGCAGUCGACGGUGACAGGCAGCUGUUUGAAGGAGUUGUUGAAACGACGAGAUCGUCGGGGGUAUUGGGUGUUUGGUAAACAUUAUUAUGAUUGUUUGUAUUUGUAGUAGUACUGGUGGUGCUAUGAUUGCAGGGCUCAUAGGAUGGAUCAAAUGGCUUUUGCAUCAUCACCAUCUUGGAUUCUGGCUCUUGGUUGGUUUCUUUUUCUCCUUGUUGGUCUUCUUCUAUUUGUUCGAUUUUGGUACUUUCACCGUGACGACCGCAGUCUACCGAAAAAGGGCGUUUCAUCGUGUGGUUGUCUUGGUUACUAGAAUCGUGCGUCGUUGCCAUGUACAUCCCCUCGUUGCCCGUUUCGCAAAAGCUGUGUCGCCUUGAUUGGACAGCAGCAGGAACCAUGAUGAGACUCGAGUGGUGGAAAGCCUGAGAUGGAUCCACAAUAGGGUGCUGCUGUCGGAGGAAACACAGGGUCGAACGAUGCAGGAAUUUGUGGCAACGGCUUUGCUCGUCGUUGCUGCUGCUGCUGUUGCUGCUGAUGGACAUAAUACAUCUGAGGCAUGUACUCGGUCAUGUUCAAUAAAAGGCUCGUAUACCAA